CGGUUACAGGAGUUUUCAGUUUUAAAUCUAUUUUUUGUGUUGAUUCAAAUUUAAAUCAAACCAGGAAAUGCAAUUAGUGUAAAAGUAUUAUAAUGGGUUCCAAAAACUGGCGCAAGGUAGAAAAUGAAGAUGGAUAUCCGUGCUACAUUGAGGAAAUCAGUGGUGAAAAGGAUUUAAAUCACCCAAGGUUUAAAAAAAUAGUUUGUUUACUUGAUGAAUAUGAAGAUAUAAAGUAUAGUGCGUAUAAAGUCGCAUUCAAAAUAUUUACCUUGCAAAGAAACCUAAAAGUACCGCCACUUCGCAUAAGUUCUGGUGUCUUUGCCAGACAUCAACUAAGUCUUUCAGAGAGUAGUUUAUCACUAGACACAGCAGAAUUGGAGGCUGUUCUUGCUGAUAUUUAUUUCGCAGCAGAGAAGGAAGGAUUGUUUGUUGGUGAUGUUGACUUGACUGUAGAUCUUGUGAUUAAUCUUCUCUUAAAUGUUUAUGAUGAGAAAAGAAAUACUCCAAUAAGAGUUCUUGCAGCUAAAACAUUAUUAAUUUUGUUGAGCGAAGAGUCAGUUAAGGACAAAUGGCUGGCUUUAGCGAACUGUUGUGCAGACCACAAUGGUUGUGUGUCUCCAAAAAGAUUAUCUGCCUUAUUACAUCAUGUUGUUGCUUUGACUAAGUAUUUGGGUGGUAAAUGUGACCAAGUUCAGUCUGAUAUUGAUGCUUGUUUCAGUAAGAGUGCUGGAAUGCUAGGAAUAAGCUGCCGUUUAGUAGCAGAAUGGGGAGCCACCAGUUGUGCUAGUACUCGUUGGCUAAUUGUUGUACAACGAGUAGUGUCAAGCCGGAAUUGUGCUACAGCUAAUGCUACAUGUGUUGUUUGUGUUCAACCACUUAUACAGGUUCUGAAAUUUAAAUGCUCAAAGUGCACAGAUUUAUAUUUCUGCGAGAAGUGCUAUUUGCAUGACAAAGAUUUAAAUAAUAUAACAGGUCACAAGAAGACACAUAUAGUGUAUGAAGUAAAUGAUGGAGAAAUUAAACCUACAGAAUGCCUUAGUUUUAUAAAGGGCAUAAAACGAUUCUUCUUCUGUACAAAGACUGGUAAGAAGAAGGCAAAAGGUACAAAAAAGACUGAAAAAGUAAAACAAGCCUCAGUUCGGAGGAAGAGCAAACCGGCCAUAUUUACAUCAACAGUUGGUAAAGCUUCGGGCAAUACUGCAAAUAAUCCAGCUAAUACAUUGCAAGACAUUAUUUCACAGUUGGAAAAUCAGACUAGAGCACUCAAAGACAUCUCCUGUCAAUUAAAAGAAGUUGCCAAGGACUGUGAUGACGAAUUUAAAUCAAGAGUGGACACGCAUUAUAAUCAAAUAUCAGCACAGAUUAGUAGGCUUAAGGAGUUAAAGGACAACCUAACUUUGGAAGAGAAAACUGACAAAUUGGAACGACCGCAAGCAUUUGACCUCUUCAGCCCUAUACCAAUUGAUGAAAAGCAGGCCAAGUUAACCAACCUUAACCAGCCCCGAGUUUUAAGUAUGGACUCCGGAAACUUCUCAGUGGCUUCGAAGCAUGAUCAAGUUACAAUGUCCGGAGAUGCAUUGAAACCCGUGGUCCAGGUCACAUCGGACAGUAUAUCAGCGGUUUCUAUGAAUGACAUGAGUAAUUGGUAUAAUGACACAGUUGUAUCAAAGCGCCCUACGAAAGGUCUCAAUCAAACGUGUCAAAACUUAUCAAUAAACGAACAGCGGUUUUCGGCCGACAUGCGCUCAGUCGAACAGAGCAAUGACAAGAUGAAGGAGUUGAACGCAGACCUUGACACGGUGCUGGAUAGAUUACAACAGAUUUUGACACAUAAUUUUACUGUAGAUGAAUCUUGCUUUGACAACAGUCAGUUAAGGGAGACGGCAACUGAAAUGGAAGGAUUGCUCGGCACUUUGAUUCGGGGAGUUGAACAAAGAGCAACGUUCAAUUCUAAAGGGAUGGUGUAAAUCUAUGAAAAUGUUUGAAAAUAUGUUAAAAUUUCUAAAAUUAUGACAAAAAUUCAAAAAAUUCGAAAAUUUCGUAAGUAAUUGUGUAAUUAAAACCUCAUUUAAUAUAAAAAAAUAAGUGUAAUCUAAUAAUUCGUAUGCUCUAUGGUCGUAAUAUUAGAUCCGAAUGUACUCUAUAGGACGACGUUUAGACGUCCAUUUUCGGGCCAUAAGAGCUGUAGGAGUUGAGUCUUGUUUUUGACAGUUCUAGAAUGACUUAAUAUUAAAAUUAAAUUUACUUUGACUUUUCAGAGUGAAGUAAAGACUUUGUGUUGAGAUUAUGACAACUUAAGGUGAUAUUCAGAAACGGGACUUAGCUGAGUGACAAAAUCGUAUUGGAUGUUGACACACGGAAGUUACAGUUCGCGCUAAGUCUGUUUCUGAAUGUUUCUUUGUACAUGUGACUGAAAUAUUAUUUAUGUAUGACAACAGUUUUGUGAUAUUUUGACAUUCCAAAAUAGAUUGUGAGUGUUUGUUUACUAGCGUGUUUUAUACGCAUUAUAUCAAUUAAAUUUCAUUAAUUAAAUGAACUUAUAAUUUUAAGAUGAAUUACAUUGACAUUAAUUUAAAGACUUUUCUUAUUUUAAUGGCUGGACCUGCUGAAACAUAGUUUGUAAAUUGUCAAUUUAUUCUUUAUAUAUUUUAUUGUUUAAAAUGUAAGUUUAAAUUAUCAAUGAAUUAGAUGAACAUAGAUCUGAUUUCUUUGAUCUCAACAACAAUUUGAGAUUCCUUAAGUUUUUAUAAGUAACAGCUAAAUGACGUUAGACGAAUCGCUUACGAUUCUUAAUUAUAACAUAGAUACUUACCUGUAUCGGUUACUCAAAUUCUGUAUCUACCCUCGAAGUGGAUAGUUUUUGUAAAUACCCGACAAUUUUUUUUGUUGUGCAUACCCACCUUAUAAUUUUCUGUAUACUUAUGAAUAGUUGUGUGACAUUCGCCGUCCAUUGGUGCUCAAUAAUAUAAGCUUUAAUUAGAAAAAAAAACACAUUUAUAAAAGUAACAUGCCAUAUAAUUUGUAAAAAUUUACAUUCACAUAUAAGUUAUAUUAAAAUAUAUUAUUUAGGUUAAGCGUUUGGUCAACCUAUAAGUAUAAAAUGUGCGUGUCUUUUAAAUAAAAAAAAAUAUUUACAGAGUAAAAAAAUUUCAACACCACCGGAAGCGGAAGUAAAUCCCCGUGAUUUUAGCUUUUCGGAAACAGCGAUCUCUUCUACAAUUCUGUAAAUUAUGUAAAUUGAAUUGAAAACACUUGAAAUCUGAUAUUGUUUUAAUGAAAAAUAACAAUCGUAAUAUUUUACAAAUCAUUUCUUAUUUUUUUUUAAUUUUAUGAGAAAAAAAUGCGUUAUUUGGAAACUUUCUCAACCGGUGGUGUCAAAAACACUCAAUAUAAACUUAAUUUUGCCAAACAUUCUUUUAGAUUAAAUUUUUAGAUUUUAACAUAAAAUUGAUAUUUUAUAGUACUUAAACUACGGACGUAUACCGGUUUCAACUAAUAACUUACAGAUUUUGUAUCCGUAAGUUAUUAUUGGAAAUUGGUUAUUUAAGCCUAAUUUAGCAAUUCAAUUGCCUAAGCACAACCUAGAUUAAAUUUACAAUUUAUGUAAAUAAAUGGAAUCUCUUAAGGA